AUGAGGUCCGCUGCAGAAGCUCUUCUGCGGCGGGCGUUGGACGAUGGCGAAGUAUCGGAAGCAGACUUGCAGGACUUUGGUCACCUGGAUUACGCAGGCGUGGCGCGGCUUCUCAAGUUGGACCCAAAUUUAAGCGAGGCGGUUGUCGCUGUAAAGCUGCAAGAAGUUGGCGGGUCCGCGCUCAUAGAGAUGCAUCCUUCACAAUUUGCGUGUGCUCUUUCCCUCACGAAGCCUCAGCAGGGUGAACGCCUAGAAGCCUUCCUGUCUGCCUUGAAGACAGUUGCUGCGGGCCUCAAAAAGGGCGUGCAGCACGACACAGUUAGUGCCGAUUCAGCUGCAGCUAGAACAUGUACAAGCAAAGAGCAAGAAGACACUGCGUCAGCAGGCGCGCAUCACGACAAAGCUGCUGCUGAUUCAGGCCCAGCUGCUGCAACUGCAACGAAAAAACCAACAAGCGAGUCGGGAACCCGUACGAAAGCGGUGCCGUUCCAGAGUAUGAAGCCAGCUAUCUACAAGGGCCUUCGUGCGCCUCGCGUCUCUGGACUGAAAAGGCCGGCGCCGGUCGCGUGCUCUACUGGAAAUACAGCGGUUGCACCUGCGUCUAUUUCUUCAUUCACAGCAACCGCUGCCAAAACUGCGGAGCAAGCGCAGCAACAUUCAAGAGAAUUACCCCCUAAGCGGGAGCACCAGACUAGUAGUGUCUCAGUAAAGGGUGGAAAAAGGAAGUGCAGUCAUAGAGUCGGCACAGAGAGAAAAUGGGACACAGACAAACCUGCAGAACUGCCUGCGCCUCAAGAGCGACCAAGAAAAGAGCAGCAGAAGCAACAGCUUCGAGCAGCAAGCGGGGCUGAUGAUCAGUGUAGCAAAGAAGCAGAAUUUCGGGAAUGGGAGUCUUCAAUGUCGGCCGUCAGGGCCCGCUUUGAUGCAGAACUUAAACGACAGUCUGCGUACAAAAGCAUGCGGGCUCUUAUCUCCACAACGGGCUUUCCAGAGGGAGCCGGCGUGCAGAACGAACUGCCAGGAAUUGUGCGGCGACUAGGAACUCUGGGAGGAGUCUCAACAGCGUUUGACUGGAAACCGGAGAACCCUGAAAAAAUCACCCAUCUUAUUUGCAGUAAUAAAUUGACAAGACCUACAGUAAAGCUUUAUUUCGCCUUGGUGAGCGGUGCUUUCAUUUUGAAUGAGGAGUUUCUCCAGGAAGCCAGGAGGAAGAAGGCGUGGCCAGAUCCUUGUCAGUUCCAGCGGGCUGACUUUCCACCAGUAGAGCUCAGAGAAGAGUCUCGCUGGCUGUUGAGGGGCCUUUCUGUCUGUAUCUACGGACCCUACCGUCCAGCUGGCCUUUCCAAGCAACAGUUGCUGUCACUGGCUGCUGCAGCUGGCGGAUCCUUAGGAGACAACUCUUCCGCUAUCUGGCUGCUCGAAGAUAAGGAAGCGUUGCGCCGUUGGCAGGCUAGGGGUCUUUGGAGGUUGCAAGAAGAGGCAGGGGCUCGCCCCAUCACCAUUUCCGCACAAUGGCUGCUCGACUGUAUUCGUUUUUGGCAGGUUUUGCCGCGGGAGCAGCACGUACUCCAUCUGUCAUCUCCAUCCCAGGCGAAUUUGGUUGGAAGCUCUGUUGUAGCCGGACGUACAAAGUGCCGAAAUGAAAGCAAAACAGGAAUUCCUGUGCGGCGAAAGAAAGAGAUGAAACUGGUGGAGAGGUUAACGCUGCCGCCGGACACCGUUAAGGCAACUGAAACAUGUGUUCCGAACAGUGGAUCCCCGGAGGUGCACAAUGAGGAGACACCACAGGAAACGCCUCGCCAUCCGUUACAAAUGGCAGCUACGUCAGCGGAGAGCAAGUCAACAAGGCAAGAAAACUUGCAACAAGAGUAUGUGCAGCCACAUAUGCGAGCCGGCGAGUACGUAGCGAAAAGCGUGGACCAGGAGCCCCAUAGGGCUUCUAAAGGCAUAAGGGAACGCGUUUCUGGGCGACGCGUGAAAACUGGAAAACGAGUGCGGGGUGAGAACACCCUUAAAAAGUCAAAGGGUGGAGCAGUUGCUGCUGGAGAGAACCAAAGCAUGAUUUCAGAGCCGCCCGUUCUACCUAAAUUGUUGGACGUAGCCACAUCGGUGCCUGGUGAUGAUGACAGGCCAGUAUCCGCUACCUUGGACUCAACUACAACCGCGGAGAAGCAUGGGAGCGUGAAAGUCACUGCAACUGCUGGCGGCGACGAUGAAAGCGGUAUGAACCCUUCCAGUGUUCUAGGAGACUGGCAACUGUCUGCUGGACGCCCUCGUCUCAAAGAACAAAGUGUUGCAAAACCAGUUUUGUCGACAGCUGCUGCAGCUGUAGCCCUGCCUGCAGAGGCAGCACCGGAUGGCUUUCAAGAGAACUACCCAGCUGGCGCUUCGCAGAUUCCCGAUGCAAAAGACUUCCCGCCGCUCCCGGUAGAGCAGCUCGCGGUAGCAGAGCUCUUUGAGCCUAACGAAGAAAACCACAGUGCUUCAGGGUACGACUUUGAGAUACCAACUUAG